AUGGCGGCUAACGCUACCAACAAGCCAUCGCAACUACUGCCUCUAGAACUUAUGGACAAAUGUGUAGGAUCAAGGAUUCAUACUGUGAUAAAGAGUGAUAAGGAAAUUGUUGGCACACUUCUAGGUUUUGAUGACUUUGUCAAUAUGGUCUUGGAAGAUGUCACUGAGUUAGAAAUCACACCAGGCGGAAGAUUUACCAAAUUAGAUCAGAUUCUGCUCAAUGAAAACAAUGUAACAAUGCUGAUUCCUGGAAGAGAAAGACCUGAAGGAAAUGUUUUGAGAUAA